CUGUCGGGAGGGGCCUCCGCGUUCCCUUCUUUCCCGGGACCGGCCCACUCCGGUCCCACCGAGGGGGGUGCGUUUUCCCUCGACCCCCGGGCUUCCUCCUGAGGGGGCGGCGGCGGCCACGGGCCCCCGUCUCUGGAGCGGGCUGCUCGGUGCCAAUGUCCGCGGGGCCGCGGGCUGCAGCAGAGGCGCUGGGCGGUGCCGGCCGACCGCCCGUCCCUCGGCUCCCCCUCGGCGGCGGGCGGGAUGGUGCGGCCCGCAGGGCUCGCGCGGCUCCCGCGCUUGGGCGGCCCGGCGCGGGCGGGGGCGCCGAGGGCGGGGGAGCGGGCCCGACUUGCAGGACCGGGCCGGGGCCGCGCGGGCCGCGCCGUUCGGGAGCGAGCCCCGCGGGCGGGCCUGGCGGGGCGGGAGCCGCCGCGGAGCCUUCGGGCCGCCGCGACCAUGUCGGACCAGGCGCCCAAAGUUCCCGAGGAGAUGUUCAGGGAGGUCAAGUACUACGCGGUGGGCGACAUCGACCCACAGGUUAUUCAGCUUCUAAAAGCUGGGAAAGCUAAGGAAGUGUCGUACAAUGCGCUCGCCUCACACAUCAUUUCAGAAGACGGGGACAAUCCGGAGGUGGGAGAAGCUCGGGAAGUCUUUGAUUUGCCUGUAGUCAAGCCUUCUUGGGUGAUUCUGUCCGUUCAGUGUGGAGCUCUUCUGCCAGUCAAUGGCUUUUCUCCAGAGUCAUGUCAGAUUUUCUUUGGAAUCACUGCCUGCCUCUCUCAGGUGUCCCCUGAGGACAGAAGCGCCCUGUGGGCUAUGCUCACCUUCCAUGGCGGGGGCUGCCAGCUGACUCUUGACAAGAAGUGCACGCACCUGGUUGUUCCAGAACCAAAGGGGGAGAAAUAUGAAUGUGCUUUAAAGAGAGCAAGCAUUAAAAUCGUGACGCCCGACUGGGUCCUGGAUUGCAUAUCUGAGAAGACUAAGAAGGACGAAGCCCUUUACCAUCCUCGUCUCGUCGUUUAUGAGGAGGAAGAGGAGGAGGAGAACGAGGAACCGGAGUCCCCGGAGGAGGCCAGCGCGGAGGAGAGGUCCAGCCCCGCCAGCUCUCAGGACGGCUCCCCCUCGGGCGGCCAGCAGCUCUCACCCAAGUCGAACGCUGAAAAAUCCAAAGGGGAAUUGAUGUUUGACGAUUCUUCAGAUUCGUCACCUGAAAAACAAGAGAGAAAUUUAAACUGGACGCCCGCGGAGGUCCCGCAAUUAGCGGCAGCGAAGCGCAGGCUGCCUCCUGGCCAGGAGCCCGGGUUAAUUAACUUGUGUGCCAAUGUGCCGCCCGUCCCAGGGAACGUCCUGCCCCCCGAGGUCCGCGGUAAUUUAAUGGCUUCAGGACAAAGCCUCCAGAGUUCCGAAAGGUCAGAGAUGAUAGCCGCUUGGAGUCCAGCUGUGCGGACCUUGCGAAAUAUCACUAAUAAUGCUGACAUUCAGCAGAUCAACCGGCCGGCCAACGUAGCACACAUCUUACAGUCCCUCGCAGCUCCAACAAAGACCUUCGAGCCGCAGGUGAACCACAGCCAGCAGAGCCAUGCGAACGCAGCGCUGCUCAGCCAGGCGAAAGUGACCCCGGAGUCACAUCUGUCACCGCCGGCCCCGCCGUCCGUCCUGCACCUGCCGCCCCAGCAGGCCCUGCAGCUCCAGCAGCAGCCUUACCCGCCGCCGCCGCCGCAUCCGUUUCGGCCGCCGCCGCAGGCCCCCCAGCCUCAGUUACCCCCGCAGCAGCAGGCACUGCAGCACCAGCUCGCACACUUGCAGCAGCUCCAGCGCCUGCACCAGCAGCAGAUGCAAACGCAGGCGCCCCAGGCCCCGCCGUGCCAGCCGCAGCGCCAGCUGUUCGGACACGACCCAGCAGUAGAGAUUCCAGAAGAAGGCUUCUUACUGGGAUGUGUGUUUGCAGUUGCGGAUUAUCCAGAGCAGAUGUCUGACAAACAGCUGCUGGCCACAUGGAAAAGGAUAAUCCAGGCGCACGGAGGUGCUGUGGACCCCACGUUCUCGAGCCGCUGCACACACCUGCUCUGUGAGAGUCAAGUGAGCGGGCUGUUCGCACAGGCGGUGAAGGAGAGGAAGAGGUGUGUCACGGCGCACUGGCUGAACGCGGUGCUGAAGAAGAAGCGGCUCGUGCCGCCCCAUCGGGCCCUGCACUUCCCCGUGGCCUUCCCGCCCGGGGGGAGGCCGUGCUCCCAGCAUAUUAUUUCUGUGACUGGAUUCGUUGACAGCGACAGGGAUGACCUGAAGUUAAUGGCUUACUUGGCAGGUGCCAAGUACACGGGCUACCUCUGCCGCAGCAACACGGUUCUCGUCUGUAAAGAACCAACUGGUUUAAAGUACGAGAAAGCCAAGGAGUGGAGGAUCCCGUGCGUGAACGCCCAGUGGCUGGGAGACAUCCUCCUGGGGAACUUGGAGGCCCUGCGGCAGAUUCAGUACGGCCGCUACACCACCUUCAGCCUGCAGGACCCCUUCGCCCCGGCUCCGCACUUGGUCUCAAACCUUCUGGAUGCUUGGAGAGUCCCGUUGAAAGUGUCAGCAGAGUUGCUGAUGGGUGUACGACUGCCUCCCAAACUGAAGCAGAAUGAAGCAACCAAUACCCAGCCCUCUUCCAAAAGAGCCAGAAUUGAAGAUAUACCACCUCCCACUAAGAAGCUAACACCAGAAUUGACCCCUUUUGUGCUUUUCACUGGAUUUGAGCCUGUUCAAGUUCAACAGUAUAUUAAGAAGCUCUACAUUCUUGGUGGGGAGGUCGCCGAGUCUGCACAGAAGUGCACCCACCUCAUCUCCAGCAAGGUGACGCGCACCGUGAAGUUCCUGACGGCCAUCUCCGUGGUGAAGCACAUCGUGACUCCGGAGUGGCUGGAGGAGUGUUUCAAGUGUCAGAAGUUCAUUGAUGAGCAGAGCUACGUUCUCCGAGACGCCGAGGCCGAGGUGCUUUUCUCCUUCAGUCUGGAGGAGUCCCUGAGGAGGGCACGCGUGUCUCCGCUCUUUAAGGCGAAAUAUUUUUACAUCACUCCUGGAAUCUGCCCAAGUCUUUCAACUAUGAAAGCGAUUGUGGAAUGCGCAGGAGGGAAAGUACUGUCUAAACAGCCGUCUUUCCGGAAACUCAUGGAACAUACGCAAAAUAAGAGUUUGUCAGAAAUAAUUUUAAUAUCCUGUGAAAAUGACCUUCACUUGUGUCGAGAAUAUUUUGCCAGAGGAAUAGAUGUUCAUAAUGCAGAGUUUGUUCUAACUGGAGUGCUCACACAAACACUGGACUAUGAAUCAUAUCCUUUUGAAAGAUGUGUGUGCAGAAACCCUCUCAGCACUAGUAUCUGAGCUGUGUGUGUUCCGUAUCUCCAGAGUUGGCGACAAAAAAAAAUGAUAAAAGACCCCUUACGUUUUUGGAGAUUUUGUUUCUGUACAAUAUGUGCUGUUACAUCUCUCUGGGUUUUUUUUCCUACCUUUGGGUGAUUGGUGGGUGUCAUCUCAGGGCCCCUUUUCUUGCAUCUGUAGCCUGAAAGGAGCCUGCGUCACUCUGCCCCAGGACGGUUGGAGCCCCGGGUGGAUGGUGCAGAGUCACAGGGGUUGGCGAGGGCUCGGGCGCCCGAAGCUCACCACCUCAGCGUGCGGCCUGUAUUGGAUGCUGUCACUAGUUUGCAUUGUGUUUGUUUGGCAGUUGUUUUCCUCAACGAGCUUACAUAUAAAUUUAACUGACGCACCUGCGCUGGUGACUGGAGCCCGGCGCACGGGUCUGGCUGUGUCAGCUGCCGGAUGGAGCGGCCCCUGCGCCCUUGAGACGCCCUUGUUUUCCAGCUGCUUUCUUCGGGGACAAGCAUUUUAAAGCAGGAAGACAAAUACAUUAAAUAUACUGCAUCUUAUUAAGAUGUGCAAUUUUAUUCUGAGGAAACAUAAAUUAUGUUUUGUAUUAUAUGACUUUAAGAGCCCACGUUAGGUUUUAUGAUUCAUUUGCCGGGUUUUUAAAUGUUUUCACAACACUGUUAAUGGAACUUUAGCUGCAAAUGAAAUGGUGUAAAUAAAGACCUUGCUAUCUCUAAAUUAUGGAUGUUAAAGAUUUGAAAUGUUUUGUACUCUUAUUUUUAUUUCUUACACUCUUUUCUUUUAUAUUGAUAUCUUGCCCACAUUUUAAAUAAAUGUACUUUUGAACUUA